CCUGGUCCUUUCUUCUCUGGGCACACAGCGGGGCUUUCUUUUCCCAAAGUAGACUUUCUUGUGGCUGCAGCUUGCUUUCUGAAUUCGAGACUUUUGUUUUUCUUGAUAGUGGUCACUGUUGGUUUUUGACAGCACACAGUGCAGAAUGGAUGGUUUGUUCUUCCUCUUGGUGAAAGAAGAAUGAUAAAACCUGGGAGGAUCUGGAGUCAAGUCUGCGGCCCUGGUUUGCAGGCUGACUUGAGUGGCACACAGGUUUUGUCGCUGGCAGGAGAGAAGUGCUUUUUGACGAGGGUGAUGUUUAAAGGUUAGGUUGUGAUGUGGAGAGCUGGUUUCUUGCCCAGUGUCUUUGUUGUUUUAUGAGGGGUUGUGUGAGGGGUGGGAGUGCUCCUCCGACCGCGCGUCUGGGCUGCCUGGGAAGAAGCUCACGUUCCCAUUCAGGUGGUGGCCAUGGUUGCUCCUGGUGUUUGAGUGCCUCUGUGAGAGGCUGCGCUCAGCAUUUUACAUAUAAUUCUAUAUGCAUUUAGUAUAGCCCCAGAUCAUCUCAGGCCUGGAGGGAAGAAGUAACUUACCUGAGGUCACAGAGCUGGCAGGUGGGGGACCCACAGGAUUGGGAGGCAAGCCUGUCCUGCUCUGAGCUUCAGAAGCAUGUCAUGGGCUCAUGUAUUUACGACUUCACACCGUCCAUCCUCGGAAAGUCACCGAAGCACGUCAUGGGCCCAUCCUUUUACGACUUCACACUCUCCGUCCUCGGAAAGUCACCGAAGCAUGUCAUGGGCUUAUCCAUUUAUGACUUCACACUGUCUGUCCUCGGAAAGUCACCGAAGCAUGUCAUGGGCUCAUCCAUUUAUGACUUCACACUGUCCGUCCUCGGAAAGUCACCGAAGCAUGUCAUGGGCUCAUCCAUUUACGACUUCACACUCUCCGUCCUUGGAAAGUCACCGAGCGUGCACCAUAACGAAACCUUGCGGCCCACCACCGACCUGCCUGAGUGUGGGGCUCCUACACAGCCACUCCUUUGCUGCCCAGCCUCCUGCCACUUCCAGCGCACCGUGGCCUUCAAGGGCACUUAGCCAUCGACUUCUGUCUUGCGUCCACCUGAGAGAGAAGACGGUGGCCACUGGACAGAUGCUUGGACAGGCACCUGAGGCUCUGUUAGCUUUGGCUGUGGGUCCAGCUCCUUAGAGCAGAGGCAGAGGCUCAGGGUCUGGGUCACUCUCUUUGAGAUUGCCUGGAACGCUUACACACGUCUUUCCCUGAGUGGAAUCGGCUUUGUCUGAAAAUUCCAGAGGGCAGGAUUCUGGGUUUUUUUAGACAUGGAAGUUUUAUUGAGUUACAUUGUUUGUGUAUUGACUGAUGUAAAGAAAUGGUUUAUGAUGAUUCCAAGACAAAAUUAAGCGCUGUGGAUCAAGGCGUCUAAACAGACGUUGAGUGGAGCUGGCUCUCUCCCUCCUGCACUGGGCGGCUGUUGGGUGAGAGCGUGUCUUUUUUCUGUGUCUAAACAUAGUGUUGUGUGUGUGAGCAUUUUCAUAGAGUAUAAUUCUAUAUGCAAGGCCCUGUGUUUUACAUUCUGUCCAUUUUAAUGUGUUAUAAGCAUCUUUUGGUAUCAGUAUGUGUGUAACUGUAACUUGCUCUUUUUGAUCCCUUGCGAAUGGAUAUUUAUGUGGUUGUAGCAGUGUUUAUACCAAUCCCAAAUUGGCAUCAAACAAUUAUUAUACAUAUAUUUUGUAAACUUCUAAGUAUCACUACUAGACAAGUUCCAGGAAGUGGAAGCUGGGUCAGCGGGCCCAUGCACUUAAAAACAGCAUUAGGUUUACUGUCGGAUUGCUCCAGAAGCCUCGUUCCAGCUGAUCUUCCUAAUUCCAGUGUCAGAGGAUGCAUGUUUUUCAUUUGUGCUGUACCAGCACCAGGCAGGUUCAGUCUCUUUCAUUUUUGUCCGUGUGCUAGGGGAAAAUUAUUGUUUGAGUUUUCUUGAUUAUUUUAAGGGGGUGCAUAUUUUUGUAUGGCUUGGUGUACACAUUAUCAUAAUUUGUACAUGCUCUGCAGGCAUUUGAAGAGAAAGCAUGCUUUUAUGAUUUUGUUUUAGCCUAAAGACAUCUAUAUGUAUAUAUCAAUGUUGUAUUUAAAGUUCUUGGCUGGGCGCGGUGGCCCACACC